GGGGUCAUCAGUUGUCUUUGGCCUCUGGUUUCCAGCACCAGCAACUGGUGUCACAGCAUCAUUUUCGGAUUUUUCUUCAACCACGCCCUCCUCAGCUGCCAGUUUUGAGACGCUGCAGUGUGAAGGACCUGUCAACACCCCGGACAGCAGCUGCCACCCCCAUGAGCACUUGAUGGAUGCAAGGGAAGUUGACUUCCAGGUCAAGGGCUACACUUUCAGUAAACCCUUCCAUCUGAUUGUGUCCUACGACUGGCUGAUCCUCCAGGGUCCAGCGGGGGCCAUAUUUGAAGGAGACCCACUGGUUCUGCGCUGCCAGGCCUGGCAAGACUGGCCACUGACCCAGGUCGUCUUCUACCGGGAUGGCUCAGCUCUGGGUCCCCCUGCCUCUACCAGGGAGUUCUCCAUUGCCUCUGUGCAAGAAGCAGACAGCGGACACUACCACUGCAGCGCUGUCUUCAGGAGCCCUGGUCCUGGGAGCCCAGAAACAGCAUCUUCUGUGGCCAUCAGAGUCCAAGAACUUUUUCCAGCUCCAGUUCUCAGAGCCACCCCCUCUGCUGGGCCCCAAGCGGGCAGCCCGGUGACUCUGAGCUGUCAGACGAAGCUGCCCCUGCACAGGUCGGCCGCCCGCCUCCUCUUCUCCUUCUACAAGGACGGCAGGACGGUGCGCAGCAAGGGCCUCUCCUCCGAGUUCCAGAUCCCCACGGCCUCAGAGGCGCACUCUGGGUCCUACUGGUGUGAAGCAGCCACUGAGGACAACCAAGUUUGGAAACAGAGCCCCAAGCUGGAGAUCCGAGUGCAGGGUGCGUUAACGCGCAUGUGUCUGGUGUGUGUGAGAAGCCGGGGGGUUGGAUGAUUGGACCGAUGAUCUGAGGUUCAGUGUGA